UCCUUAUUCAUUGUUUUGUGUUUGUAUGUAUAAAUAAUUGAUAAAUUAACAAUUCUUUCGGCAAAAAUGAAGGAAACUAAAAUGAGCACUCACCUAUCCGGCGGAAGACUUAACGUUGCUAUAUUACAUGAAACAAUGAGAAAAGAAUUGUUAAAUCUCUUGCAGUUGUGUGAAGGAAAAAAGGUGACUAUCUGGGAUGAAUGGUUAGCAGGGCCUGUAGGCCUGGUAGCACAGUACUCCUUACUAAAGGAACACGAAGUUGUGGAUAUGUUUCCUCUGAGGCCAGGCAGCCUUCCCACAAUAUCUGUUAAACACAUCAUAUUCAUUGCUCGCCCAAAGUUGGUGCUUAUGGACCUUGUUUCAGAUUAUAUACAGUCUUUGAGGACGAAACAAACCUCACCAGUGGAAUUCCAUCUCUUCUUUGUGCCUAGAAAGAGUGAGCUGUGUGAAAUACAUUUAAAAAACCGAGGGGUGCUGAGUAAUUUGUCACUGCAGGAGUUCAAAUGUGACAUUUUCCCCUUUGAAAGUGAUGUCAUGUCCUUGGAAUUGCAGAAUGAUUUUAGAGAACAUUACUUGGAAGGGGAUCCAACAUGCCUGUACAAUGCAGCACAAGCACUUCGUACUAUACAACAACUGUACGGAAUCAUACCGCGUGUUUAUGGCAAGGGGAACGCUGCUAAACAAGUAUGGGAUCUGCUUUGUCGGUUAAAUAAAGAGGAGCAGGGUAUGGGACCGCGGGGAGCGACCACGUCCUGCAUCGAUCAGCUGUUGCUCAUAGACCGCGCUAUCGACUUCACCAGCGUCAUGUCCACGCAACUAACUUACGAAGGACUAAUUGACGAGCUGUAUGGUAUAAAGAACUCGACGGCCACUUUCCCCGGCCACAAGUUCGUAAGCCCCGAUGACGCGAGCCCGGAAGUGACCGCUCGGGAACGAAAACGUAUCAUACUCAACUCCGGUGAAGAGCUAUUUGCUGAACUGCGAGACUGUAACUUUACAACGGUGGGAGCUGCACUAUCAAAGAAAGCACGAAUAAUCAAAACCCAAUUAGACGAACGACACAACGACAAGUCAGUGCAGGAGAUUAAACAGUUUGUCUCACGUUUGCCACAAAUGUUGGCCAAUAAACAAUCUUUGGCCACGCAUAUGGCAAUUGCUGAAUACAUUAAAGAGACGACGGACACCUUUGAAUUUCACGACACUAUCCAAUGCGAAGAGGAUUUCUUGAAUUGCAUCGACAAUGAUAAAGUUUGCUCAUUUAUAGAAGAUCUCAUUGCGCAAAAGGCACCAUUGACUAAGAUACUUCGACUCAUCUGCCUGCAAUGUGUUACCGGGUCAGGCCUAAAGCCCAAAGUCCUGGAGUACUACAAACGGGAACUGGUGCAAGUGUACGGACUCAAAACCUGGCUUUCCCUCUGCAACAUGGAGAAAUGUCUCCUUCUGCGACCCCAAACUGGCGUUAGGCAAUAUGCUGUGCUAAGAAAGACUUUACACCUAACCAUGGACGACUCUGAAGUCAAUGCUAAGGAAAAGAGUUACUUGUCAUGCAAAUAUGUACCUCUGACAGUCAGGCUUAGCGAACAUAUCUCCAAAAAUAAGGGAUGGGCGGGUAUAUCAGAUGUGUUAGGAAAUCUUCCCGGGCCGUCUUUGGAAGAGCUCCAGAGCCUACAGCCUCGUAUGACGCGACGUAAUUCAAUAUCGAGCGAGAACUCCUCAUCCAUAGAAACCCCAAAAGUAAUUCUCGUUUUCUUCAUUGGCGGAUGCACAUACCACGAAAUCUCUGCACUAAGGAGUCUCAGCCAACAAGAAGAUUCUAAUGUAGAGUUUGUGAUACUUACUACUAAGUUAAUAAAUGGCAAUACUUUUAUUGAAACAUUAAUGGAGACUGAUUAAUUUCAGUUUGUUAUGUUCAAAUUCAAAUAGUGUAAAUAUAUCAGCAUAUCAAUCACUACGAAAGCACAGGUUUCCUUUUGCAAUAAAAAGGGUUUUAGUCCACAAUGCUGGUCCAGUGCGAAUUGGUGGACUUCACACGCCUCUGAGAACAGUAUGGGGAACUCUAAGCAGCGGAAGGCAUGCACUCACAAUGUUUUCUACACCGUUAGAGCAAGUUAUAUUAAUUUUUUUUAAACGCACAUAACAUUGAAAAGCUAGAGCUGCGUACCAGGAUUCGAAAUCGGCUCCCCGAAAGUUAAGCCGAAGUCCUAACCACUGGCCGCUUAUCGUGUGAAUAUACAAUAGGUAAUAAUUUUGUAAAGAUUGACCGGAGUCAAUCUUUACAAAAUUACGAAACGAAUUACGAAAUUACGAAUUAUAAAACGUAUUGACGUACGGAUACGUCAAUACGUUUUAUAAUUCGUCAAGACGUUAUGUAGAACUGAUCCUUCAGUUAAAAACGAACUACUUCCCCAUACAGAAUCUAGGAGAAAAAGGACCGACUUUCCGAAGGAUCUCUGUACUUCUAGUUUAUCUGUUGAUUUUGUACUUUUUGACAACUGUUCAUUGUAGUAUAAUAUUGAGCUGUUUAUAUGAACAUAUAUUAAGAUUUAAAGUCUUAUAAAUUCUAAAUUCUAAAUUUAAUAGCCCAGUGGGUAGGAGCUCGACUCCACUUACGGGGGGCAAAUUUCGAACCUAAGUUAUGUGCGUUCUAAGUAAUUAGAAUAUAAUUUGCUUCAACAGUAAAUGAAAACAUCGUUAGGAAACCUGCAUGCCUGAGAGUUC